AUGGGGGUCAGGGGUGGCCCCCACAAUGCUCCUGAGCCUCUUCUCUUCUGUGUGACCCCAGGAGUUGCAUGCAGCACGUGUCCCAAAAACUGGCUCCAUUUCCAACAGAAGUGCUACUAUUUUGGCAAUGACUCCAAGAGAUGGAUCCAGGCCCGAUUCACCUGCAGUGACCUAAAAGGGCGGCUAGUCAGCAUUCACAGCCAGGAGGAGCAGAACUUCCUGAUGAAACACACCAACAAGGAUUCCUGGAUUGGCCUCCGGGAUCUCAAUGUGGAGGGAGAGUUCAUAUGGAUGGAUGGAAGCCCAGUGGGCUACAGCAACUGGAGUCCCGGGGAGCCCAACAACGCAGGGCAGGGUGAGGACUGCGUAAUGAUGCGGGGAUCCGGCCAGUGGAACGAUGCCUUCUGUCACAGCUUCCUGGAAGGCUGGGUGUGUGAGCAGCUGGCCACAUGCGAGGAUUCUGCCCCUUUAGCCUCUGAGCGUCCAACAGGACCCACUACUCCAAAAACCGAACCCUGA